AUGGAGCGCUCUCAGGGAGAGGGCUCCAGCCCCAGCCCCAUGGACCAGCCCUCUGCUCCCUCCGACCCCCCAGACCAACCGCCUGCGGCUCACGCGAAGCUGGACCCGGACUCCGGGCUCCCACCUGCUGGCCCUGGCGCGAGGAGUGAGGCGCUGGCGGUCCUGACUUCGUUCGUGCGGCGCUUGUUGGUACUGGUGCCAGUGUACCUGGCUGGAGCAGCAGGACUCAGCGUGGGUUUCGUGGUUUUCGGCCUCGCCCUCUAUCUGGGCUGGCGCCGGGUCCGAGAUGAGAAAGAACGCAGUCUCCGGGCGGCGAGACAGCUACUGGACGACGAGGAGCGGCUCACGGCCAAAACGCUGUACCUGAGCCAGCGAGAGCUACCUGCCUGGGUCAGCUUCCCAGAUGUGGAAAAGGCUGAAUGGCUAAACAAGAUUGUAGCCCAGGUCUGGCCCUUCCUGGGACAGUACAUGGAAAAGCUUCUGGCUGAAACUGUGGCACCAGCUGUUCGGGGAUCUAAUCCCCAUCUGCAAACAUUUACAUUCACACGAGUGGAACUGGGAGAAAAGCCAUUGCGCAUCAUAGGAGUAAAGGUCCACCCUAACCAAAGAAAAGAUCAGAUCCUGCUGGAUUUGAACAUCAGCUAUGUAGGUGAUGUGCAGAUUGAUGUGGAAAUAAAGAAGUAUUUCUGCAAAGCAGGAGUCAAGGGCAUGCAGCUACAUGGCAUCUUGCGGGUGAUUCUCGAGCCACUCAUGGGAGACCUUCCUAUUGUGGGGGCUGUGUCAAUGUUCUUUAUCCGACGCCCGACUCUAGACAUCAACUGGACAGGGAUGACCAACCUGCUGGAUAUCCCAGGACUUAGCUCUCUGUCUGACACUAUGAUCAUGGAUUCCAUCGCUGCCUUCCUUGUGUUGCCCAACCGACUGUUGGUGCCUCUCGUGCCUGACCUUCAUGAUGUAGCCCAGUUGCGCUCUCCUCUGCCCAGGGGCAUUAUUCGGAUUCACCUGCUGGCUGCUCGAGGGCUGAGUUCCAAGGACAAAUAUGUGAAAGGCCUGAUUGAGGGCAAGUCAGACCCCUAUGCACUUGUGCGUGUGGGAACCCAGACAUUCUGCAGUCGUGUCAUCAAUGAGGAGCUCAACCCUCAGUGGGGAGAGACUUACGAGGUGAUAGUACACGAGGUCCCGGGACAGGAGAUUGAAGUGGAGGUGUUUGACAAGGAUCCAGAUAAGGAUGAUUUUCUGGGCAGAAUGAAGCUGGAUGUAGGGAAGGUGUUACAAGCUGGAGUACUGGAUGACUGGUACCCUCUACAAAGCGGCCAAGGCCAAGUUCACUUAAGGUUAGAAUGGCUGUCACUUUUGCCAGAUGCAGAGAAACUGGAGCAGGUUCUACAGUGGAAUCGGGGAGUCUCCUCUAAACCAGAGCCUCCUUCAGCUGCCAUCCUAGUUGUCUACCUGGAUCGAGCCCAGGAUCUUCCUCUGAAGAAGGGGAACAAGGAGCCCAACCCCAUGGUACAGCUGUCAGUUCAAGAUGUGACCCAGGAGAGCAAGGCUGUCUACAACACCAACAGCCCAGUGUGGGAAGAAGCUUUCCGCUUCUUUCUGCAGGAUCCUCGCAGCCAGGAGCUUGAUGUUCAGGUGAAGGACGACUCCAGAGCCUUGACAUUAGGGGCGCUGACUCUGCCUCUCGCCCGCCUGCUCACUGCCUCAGAACUCACCCUGGAUCAGUGGUUCCAGCUCAGCAACUCUGGCCCAAACUCCAGGCUCUACAUGAAACUGGUCAUGCGGAUCCUUUACUUGGAUUCAUCACAAAUCUGCUUCCCCAUGAUGCCUGGCACGGCUGGGCCUUGGGAGCUAGACAGUGAAAGCCCCCCAGCAGGCAGCAGUGUAGAUGUUCCGCCUCGGCCCUGUCACACUACCCCCGACAGCCACUUUGGGACUGAGAAUGUGCUUCGGAUUCAUGUGUUAGAGGCCCAGGACCUGAUUGCCAAAGACCGUUUCUUGGGGGGAUUGGUGAAGGGCAAGUCAGACCCCUAUGUCAAACUAAAGCUGGCAGGACGAAGCUUCCGAAGCCGUGUCGUUCGGGAAGAUCUCAACCCUCGCUGGAAUGAGGUUUUUGAGGUGAUCGUCACAUCAAUUCCAGGCCAAGAGUUAGAGGCUGAGGUCUUUGACAAGGACUUGGACAAGGAUGACUUUCUGGGCAGAUGUAAAAUGAGUCUCACCACAGUCCUAAAUAGUGGCUUCCUGGAUGAGUGGCUGACUCUGGAGGACGUCCCAUCUGGCCGCCUGCACUUGCGCCUGGAGCGUCUGACCCCUCGGCUCACUACUGCUGAUUUAGAGGAGGUGCUGCAGGUGAAUAGCCUGAUUCAGACACAGAAGAGUGCGGAGCUGGCAGCAGCCUUGCUGUCUGUCUAUCUGGAGCGGGCAGAGGACCUACCACUCCGAAAAGGCACCAAGCCUCCCAGCCCUUAUGCUACUCUUACUGUGGGGGACACGACUCAUAAAACUAAGACUGUUUCCCAGUCUUCAGCCCCUGUGUGGGAUGAGAGCACCUCCUUUCUCAUCAGGAAGCCACACACCGAGAGCCUGGAGCUGCAGGUGCGGGGUGAGGGGACAGGCACCCUGGGCUCAUUAUCGCUGCCCUGUUCGGAGCUCCUGGAGGCCGAGGGGCUCUGCCUGGACCGAUGGUUCACACUCACCAAUGGCCAGGGGCAGGUGCUACUGAGAGCACAGCUAGGGAUCCUAGUGUCCCAGCACUCAGGCGUGGAAGCCCACAGCCACAGUCACAGCUUCUCCUCUCUGGCCGAGGAGCCAGAGCUCUGGGGAAGACUCCCUCAUGCCACCACCUCAGCCCCAGAGCUCCGACAGCGCCUCGUCCACGGUGACGGCCCCCCUGAGGCAACUGUUGGACCCCUGGGCCAGGUGAAGCUGACUGUGUGGUACUACGGUGAGGAGCGAAAGUUGGUCAGCAUUGUCCACAGCUGCCGAGCCCUUCGGCAAAAUGGACGGGACCCCCCUGACCCCUAUGUUUCACUGUUGCUACUGCCAGACAAGAACCGAGGCACCAAGAGGAAGACCUCUCAGAAGAAGAGGACCCUGAAUCCUGAAUUCAAUGAACGGUUUGAGUGGGAAAUGCCCAUGGACGAGGUGUUCAGGCGAAAGCUGGAUGUCUCAGUGAAGUCUAGUUCCUCCUUCAUGUCCAGAGAGCGUGAGCUUCUAGGGAAGGUGCAGCUGGAUCUGACUGAGAUUGACCUCUCUCAGGGUGCAGCCCAAUGGUAUGACCUUCUGGAUGACAAGGACAAGGGCAGCUCCUAGAAGCUGGCAGUGACCAGCCUGACCCCACUCCAUUUCUUGCCUUGCCUCUCACCAUGUCCACAUCAAUGCGAUGAACCCAAAGCUAGGGCCUCAGGGCUGAGCCUGUGUCCUCUGGCCCUUUUGCCCUCAGGCCCAUACUGUGGCCUUUGCCUAACCAAAGAGAAGGGCCCUGUGUUCUCCUUUACUGUCCAGCCUUCAUCUUCAGGCUCUUGGGGCAGGGCCUGAGCUGGCUAUUUCCUCCUCUGCUUGCACACUGUUCUCCCAAGUCUCCAGGGCCUCAUACCUGUGCCUGGCCACUGGCAGCACUAGCAGUGGCAUUAGCUUACGCCAAAUAGAUUCUGAUGGGGCAGCUUCCUACCUACUGUGAGCAGUCAGUGGGUGGACAUGUGUGGAAAGAAGACAGCUAAGCUCCUGAGCUGUGAGCCUCUUGCCCUACUGCAUGUAGCAAACAUACAGCGAAUUAGGCAUGUCCAGUUCUGUCCCCACCUUCAUUGAGCAUGUCCUGAAAACACAACUGCUAUGAUGACAGCCCUGAUGGUGAAUCAGGAACACUUCCAUUCUACCUAAACCUUCAGGUGUGGAUGUGGAGCCUUGGAGGCCUUGGAGGACUCAGGACAGCAAAGCCAAUGUUUUUGUCCAAGUGCCUGAGUUAUAAACUCACUGACUAGAACUGAAUCUGAUACUUUUGCACCUACUCUGUCAAUCCAUUGUAUCUUAUAUUAAACGUUAUACUCAAA